UAACUUGUGUGUGGCAGGAUUGGGAACGGAGACAACUCCAGACUGACUACACAUCCACCUGCUAUCUGUAAAUGAGUAUAUACUGUGGCCAUUAAUGCUGUCUCUACACAAUCUUCCACGUUCACUGGCAGAAGUGAACCAUUGUCAGUAUCCUAUCCCAGGCCCACAUCCCAACAGUUUCACUCACUUGGCUCCAAUAGCAGGCCAGAUUGUUUGUGCAAUCAGUGCCAGAUUCCUCAGGCAACUGUUAUGACAGAACUCGGUAACCAGUUAGCCGGAGAGAGGCAAAUUCUCAAAGCCUCAUCCAAAAAAAGUGUAACAUCCUCAUACCCCCUCAUGAGAAUCCCUGGUCCAUAACCGCUCGAAAUGGAGAAAAAAAGCAUUCAGGCUGGCAUGAAGAACCUCAAGUCCAGGGCAGAUGGUGUACUCUGCUUCCGGAGCUACCUGGUUACCCCACCCACGGCAGUCAUGGGGUGGGUCCGGUCGGCCGAAUCAGCAGACGGUGACCAACCGGGUACCGCGGGCGGGCCAUCCAUCGGGUGCGCGCCCUCGAGGCUGCCAUAUCCGGGGCACGGGAGCGGGCACAGUGGCGCCUGCGCACGGGUGCGCGCGCGUCUGCCCCGGUGCGGGCGGCUGCCAGGGAAGCGAGGCCCCGCCGGUUGACACCUCUGCCGUGUUGCUCGGGAAGGUUGUGCUUCGAGCAUUGAGCCCCUGGGCCGGUCUCCAGCGGUUCAGCCGACGCCUGCUGAAUGAGCGCGGUCACUUCAACGGUCAAUGCGCUCUAAACUGAAGGUCCAAUGGUUCGGUCAGUGAGUAACGAGACUAACACUGAAAUGACAAAAGAAGAUCCUUAUGUAGAACCUUCCAAUGAUGAGGACCCUGUAAGCGGAAAUUAUAGCACUAUAUCCUCAGAUACUGAGAGAUCAGUUGUCCAUCCAGUAGUUUCAGCACCUAUGCCUACGGAUUGUGAAUUUUCCUUCUUUGAUCCACAAGACCCAGCAUGCAAACGAAUCCUACAUGAUCUUAAAACAACCAUUCCAGAAUUGUUUGCUAUUUUGCGUCAAUGGGUUCCACAAGUGCAGCAACAGAUUGAUGUGAUUGGGAAUGAGAUUCUGAGUCGAGGAUGCCAUGUGAAUGACAGAGAUGGCUUGACAGAUAUGACACUCCUACAUUACACCUGCAAAGCUGGGGCUCAAGGCAUUGGAGAUGCAGAGGUUGCAGCCAAGUUUGCUUCAAAAUUAAUUGAAAUGGGAGCCGAUGUCAAUAUUCGAAGCCGAUGGACUAACAUGAAUGCUUUGCAUUAUGCUGCAUAUUUUGAUGUUCCUGAACUAAUAAGAGUAAUUUUGAAGGGUGCAAAUGCUGGAGAUGUAGAUGCCACCUGCAGUGACUUCAGCUUUGGAACACCUUUGCAUAUUGCGGCAUCAAACCUUUGCUUGUCAGCUGUGAAAUGUUUAUUGGAACAUGGAGCCAAUCCUGUAUUUAGGAAUGAUAAAGGGCAGACUCCGGCAGACAUUGUCCCUGACCCUUUGGACAUGCCCCUGGAUAUGGCGGAAGCAGCAGCAAUUGCCAAAGAAUUAAAGCAGAUGCUUCUAGAUGCAUUACCAUUGACCUGUGACAUAUCAAAGUCGAUGCUGACAAACUAUGAUCACAUCUCGGGGAAGGCACUACUGAUGUCACUGGGCCUGAAGCUGGGAGAGAGAGUGAUGAUUGGAGGGCAAAAGGUUGGAACACUACGAUUUUGUGGUACCACUGAAUUUGCCAGUGGCCAGUGGGCAGGGAUUGAGCUGGAUGAACCUGAAGGGAAGAAUGAUGGAAGUAUCUGUGGCAUUCAGUACUUCAGCUGCCCCGUGAAAUAUGGAAUUUUUGCACCACUCUCCAAGGUUAGCAAAGUACCCACAGAAAAAAAGAGAAUAACUAGGACUUCAUCACUUAAAACAUCAACUCCUAUCCGAUCUCAAAAAAUUGACUUGUCACGUGUUACAUCAAAGGUGAACACAGCUUCUCUGCCUGGGACGUCCUGCUCUUCCUCUUCCUCUUCCUCUUCAAUAGAGAGUAGACAAUCCAGACAAAGGCAGCUACUCCCACAACAACGGAACAUGACCCACUCAAAGAAGAUGGCAACUAAACCAGUACCUGCCGUCACCAAAAACACUGCAGGUUUGCGGAAGAGAGUUCCAUCUGUUGGCAGCCUGGACUGUGAUGAGACUAGUAAGGCUGAUAUUCAAAUUGGCGACCGUGUGGUUGUUGUUGGGCAAAGAAGUGGAACAAUUCGGUUCUAUGGGAAGACAAAUUUUGCGCCAGGUUAUUGGUAUGGGAUUGAGUUGGAUAAACCAAAUGGAAGAAACAAUGGCUCUGUGGGAGGCGUGCAGUAUUUCACCUGUCAACCAAAGCAUGGGGUGUUUGCACCCCCAUCAAGAGUUCAGAGGGUGACAGAACCAUUGGAUUCCUUCUCGGAUACCCCAACCAGCAAAUUCAAUCGAUCACUUAUAGGUUUCCAUCGAAGUUACAGCACCCCAUCUGCUCUUCCAUCGCCAGGGGAGUUCAAACGAAAGAACUCUUCAAGCAGGCCAAAAAAUCCAAUCAUGAGACGAAGCUGGAGCAGCACAAGUACCACUGAGAGAAAUGUGAAGUUACAUGAAGGGUCACAGGUCCUAUUGAGCAGCUCCAGUGAAAUAGCGAUCAUUAGAUACAUUGGACCUACUGACUUUGCUCCUGGUGUAUGGCUUGGACUGGAAUUGCGUUCACCAAAAGGCAAGAAUGAUGGCUCUGUGGGAGAAAAACGCUAUUUUACUUGUAAACCAAAUUAUGGUGUUCUAGUACGACCGAGCCGUGUAACGUACCGAGGCAUUAAUGGCACAAAAUUAGUGGAUGAUAUUUAGUGGUAAAUGCUUUGUUUUCAGCAAGGUAAGGAGAAUGUAGUAAAAUGGGAAUUCAACAUAUGCAUCUAAGCCUGGAGUUUCCUCUCUCUUUGCACACAGAUUAUUCAUAAUAUAGACACAAACAAAUUCUGCAAUUUGUAAGGCUGAAAUUUUGGUCAUUAGUCACACGGAUAAGCAGAGUAUACCCACGUUUCCUUGAUCCUUUCCAUUUUCUUGUAAACCACAUAUUUGGGCACAGCAUGAAAUCUAUGCCUAGAAAGUAUGGCAGUGCUAAACAUGCUAUGUAGUUCCAUCAGCACUUUGUACUCUGCUUCUGAAAUUUAUUUGAAUUUAGCACUAGAGUAGUACAGCACAGAAACAGGCCCUCCAGCCCAUCUACCAGUCAGAGAUUAGUUUUCAGGCAAGUGGCCCUUCACAUACAAAUUUUUGAGCAUAUUUUCAUGUUUAUCCUCACUUAGACCUGCUUUAUACUUUCUGCUUUAAUGUGUAUUGAGGUUCCAGGAAUGCUGCACUAUACUAUUCCUACAGAAAACAGUGCUAACAUGCAAGGCUCUCAUCACCUCUUAACAUUUGAGUACAGACUCUCUCUCAUUUUGCUUUAAAAAUAUUACCUGUUUGGUAGAUCUUAUUCCUAAAAAUGUACAGAAUUUCAUACAUAGCAAUGGGUUUUCAAUCCAUCUCACUCAUUUUGAUCAUAUAUCUCACUCAUGUUUCCUUGAAGGUGACUGCUCUGUAAGAGAGAUUUACAAGUAUGAUACCAGAACUGAGAGGUUAUAACUAUCAAAAAAGAUUGAACAUCUUGGGACUCUUCUCCAGAUAUGACAAGGCUGAAGGAUGACUGAAUAGUGGUCAUUACAAUUAUGAAAGGGUUUGAUAUUACAGAGGUGGAGAUGAUAUUUCCACCUGUGAGGAACUGUAAAAGCCAGGAGUGAUAAAUAUAUGAUAGUCUCUACUAAAUCGAAAAAGAAAACGAAGAGAAAUUUCUUUAUCUAGAGAGUUGUUAGAAUGGGAAACACUGCCGCUUGGUGCAGCUGAGCUGAAAACAUAAGGCUUUUAGGGGGAAGUUGGCUAAAUACAUGGGGGAGAAAGAAAUGGAUGGAUAUCUAUACUGGGGUGGAUGAAACAGAUUGGAGGAAGCUCAUGUGCAGCAGGCACACCAGCAUAGAACAGUUAGGCUGAGUGGCCAGGUUUUGUGCUGUAAAUUCUGUAUAUUUCUAUGUAAUUCUAGUCAUGGCUUUUUGGCAUUAAAAGCAGAAUUGAUCAUUCAUCCCUUAAAAGUUGUUCUGCUAUCCUGUUACAUAAGGGCUAAUCUUUACUUCAUUUUCACUAUUCAUCUUUUUCAUAUUGCUUGAUACUCUUACCAAAUGAAAUUCCAUCGCUCUCAAACUUGGAAAUUUCAAGUGACAUGCCAUUCUGCACAGUGAAUUCCAAAUUUCCUUUAUCCUUUAUGUGAACGAAUGAUUCUGAUCUCAUUGCUAAAUGAAUUAAUUCUCAUUAUAAAAUUUUACCCUUUUGCUCUGGUACCACCUACAAGAUGAAAUAGUCUCACUAUUGAUUCCGUAGAAUCCUUUUCAUGUUGUAAAAAUACUUAAUUACGUUCUCUUCAACCUUCUAACCUCAGAACCAUGCCAGUGAAGUUAAUGCAACUAGUCCCCAUAACUUAACCCUUUAAACCUUGAUAUAGGUCAAGUAAAUCUUGCAUAAGAUGGAUAGUUUCCUAAAGUGCAUGUUAUUAAACAGGCUUCCCUGGCUAAUGAACAAGAAUGAUGACUAAACGAACAAAAACAUGCAUUUUAAGGGUCAAAUAAAAAAUAUACUGCUGUGGGUUCAGUGUUAAUUAGUGUCCAGUUUUAUUCCUUUUAAUGAAUUUGGGAAACUACUUGGGCAUAAUUUUUCAUCAGCAAAAUACAAUGACUAUCAGCCUUGUUGCAAUUUUAGAAGUUGCUUUGGGUAACAUCAAAGAGGAAACUCCAGACUUGAUUUUAACAGAAAAUUGAAAUUGGUUUGAAUGGAAAUAUGGGGUAAAGUUUUGCAAUGAUGUUUGUAAGCAUGAACAUGUUUUCAGUAAUCCAUGCAGUAUGGUGCACUUUUGAUUAAGGUAAUGCUCUGGCUUUUACCUGAUUAUCAGUAUUGGAUUUGUGUAUAGAAAAGCAAUUGCAUUACAGAUUGCAUUCUAACAUACGAUGCUUCAUUAUAUGCAAGUGCCAUAGAAUAUUUUUUGGGUGCAAUGAAUGAAAGUAAGUGAAAGUACAAACAAAAUGUGAUGUCCCAGUUAGGUCUAUGAAGUUAUUUUUGUUCCCCCUAACACUUUUAAUCAUCUAUAUUUGUGCAAACACAGCCAAUGCACUGCUUUAUUGCGAACUGCUCACUUACAGCUAUACGUUUGUCUCAAAACUGAAGUUAUACACAGUUAAUCUAAUCACAUUUAUUUUAAUCUACCCCUCUAGACCCACCCAAAAAAGACCAUUAUAACAGUUAUUAUAUGAAAGUAAUUCAAACUCAGUACAAGACAGGAAGAAAUGUGAUGCACUUUGAGAAUUUUAUAUAAUAUAUAUUAUAUAUUUAGAACUUUUUCAGAGAGAAGGGUUGAUAUUUUUGAAUAUAAAUGUUAUAGUGUGUUGUUUCAUUGUGCUGUUAUAUUUCAUAGUACCGAAGAAGCUGCUUAAUGGGAAUGUACUUGUCUAGUUUAUUUAUUCUUGUAAACAAGCAACAUUAGAACUAUUGUAUUAAAAACAGAAAAUGUUUGAAACAAUUAGAAGGUCAGACAACAUCUGUGGAAAGGGAAAAAUGAGUUUGUUUCAGGUCAAUGGCCUUUUCAUCAAUAAUAAUGUGAUCUGAUCUAAAUUAGCAGUACCACUUCCUGUAAAUGACAAAGUUGAAGUCAAUGGCCCAUUAUUACCACUGAGCUUUGAGAGGGAGGAAAAUUGACUCAGCUGUGAUGCUUUUGCUUUACCAGCUAUUAGCAACAACCCCAUUGUCAGCCUCAUAAGGUAAGCAAGUUAGCAAGAUUCCCUGAAGAGAUAAUUUUCAACUUUAUACUUAGCAGUAUAAAUACUGUAUUUGCUGACUCCCUUUUCUGGCUAUGGUCAGGUUGAAAUGAACUUUUAUUAACAAUUUCACAAAAGCUUAAUAUAAACAGCUUUGUGUUUGUGUAGUUUCUUGAAUUUUAUUUUAUCUUUUUCUUUCGUCGUGGUAGCUAAGGGAAAUCUGAUGGGUGGUAGUAAAACUGCUUUGGAUAUACACAAUGAAGUGCAGCUUCACUUUUGUUGCUUGGUUUGACAAAUAGUCGUGAUUAUUUGCUAACACCAACUUUAGUGUUAGUACUAAUAGUUUUUGUAUUGCUGCCAGAAGUAGCAUUACUGUUGGAAUAGUAAUAUAGAGAAAUAUAAAGCUACUCAAUGUGCCAUUUCAAUGUCAUUCAUUUAUUAGUAAAACAGACAACCUUGAAAGGAAAUGCACCAUUAUUUGAAAUUCUGAAAAAUAUGAAUUCAGUAUAGUUCUCUGCAAAUUAAGCCUGACUAUUGUUUUAAUUUUAAGUUCUUAUAUUUGCUGAUGCUUUAGUUUUGAUACCAGGUACGUCUCAACAGAUCUCAUAAGUAUUAUCCCCUUCAAUAUAAUUUAUGGGGAGGAAAUCCAAACACUAAGUAAAUUAAGUACCAAUCUUUGUUUAGCAGGAUCAGAAAUCUUCAAUAUAAACAAGAUAUACCAGACAUAUAUUGCAGAUCAGGAUGUGGAUGUGGAUAGGGAAAUAGUUGAUAUUCUGAGUGUUUUCCAUUUUACUUCACAUUUAAGCAUUCCCAAUGUUUACUUCAGAAACUUUUAGUUAAAUGGCAUAAUGAAGAGUAAAUUGCCCUUAUAGACCAUACCUCUCUGAAGUUUAAAAUUAAAGAGAGUGUCCUUUCUUCAUUGACUCAACUGCAAGUACAAAUAAUUAGCACUUUUGUAAAUAAGUUAUAAUUACUGUGGAAGAUGUUGCAGAAAAUGGUAAAUAGUAUGGAGUGGUGACAUAGUAACAUGAGAACCAGAUCUUGCUCCAGAUUUAAUGGAGAAGGUUACUGGCAAAAUCAACCCUAUAUGUGCAGCAAGGGUUUGGUAGCAGAGUCACUAAGUUAGUGUACUGAUUUCCAGACUAUUUAUGGACUGGCAUUCAUAUCUGGAGUUCAAAUUCCAUUAAGCUAUCUGAAAAAUGUAAAUAACUAACUAAAUCUGGAAUAAAAACCUAGGUGCCCGUGAUGGUUAUCAUGAAACUCCUGGAUUGUCAUAAAAACCUAUCUAGUUCCAAUAACACCAUCCAGAGAGCAGAAUCUACCAUCAUUACCAUUUAGAUCUAGUCUAUUUGACUCGGGACUCUCCAAUGCAGUUGACUCUUAACUGCCUUAACAGCUCGAGGGCCAUCAUAAAUGGAAAAUAUAUACCAGCCUUGCCAGUGAAGUCCAUGACCCAUGAACAAAUAAAUAUAGAACAUGAAAGUGGUCAUCUUUAAUCUUGAAUGCAAUAGUUGCAAGGUCUUUUAAAUGAUGACCUAGCUGUCAUAAUAACUAGUGGCAUGUGUACACAAGCUACUUGUGCUAAGGCUGUUCUUAAAGAUCAUUCAUUCUGAAGGCCACAUAAUGCAGCUGAAACCAGGCACGUUUUAUUGCUGAAGUUUAGAACUAAAACCCUUGAAUGAUUUCACAUGUAAAGCCACAACAAUAGAAUGUAGCGGCAUGCUUUGGUCACUUUGUGACAUGUACGAGCACUUCAGAUUUGGCACAUCUGUCAAUUUGUGUUUGUUUCCACAUGUCACAUGUCCUGGGUAAUUCUCUGCUUAAACAAAAAACACAGCUAAUACUUCUAGAUCUGAAGUGACAGAGAACGAUACUUUGCAGAACACUCCUAGAUUCUUUUAUUACUUAGUAUUACCUAAAUCUUUUCACUUGCCCUUUCUUACUGAUUCCUAUUCUGCUAUUUUUACAAAACUAAGUUAGUAUGUUCCAAUAUAUGUUAUGACAGAUGCACCUUAGAUAUAACAUUGUAAUAUUAACCAAUUUUCUGUGCAUGUAGCCUGGAACAAAAGACAAAAUGCAGCACUUCACAAAUCCUAUAUAUUUGGUCACAAGCUGUUGAACAUAGCAGUGCAGGUGCAUAUAUUAUGCAGAGGUAGCUCUGCUUAUUCUAGGAGAUACAAGGGCAGAUGUGAAGUGGACCUACUCGGAUAGUUUUAGGGAUUCCUUGUGGAAAAAUUGAUUUGCACUUACAAAGCACAUUUUGAAACCCCAAUUUGUCCUAAAGAUUUUUACAGUGUAGUCUCUCAAACAAUGUACUUUGGAAAAUGCAGCCCUGGUCAUCUGUAACCUUUCUGUUGUUGCUCAGCAGUAAAUGUGAUUAACUGGUUGGUUGUGCUCACUGAUGAACUAAUUAAUUCCAUGCACCCUGGAGCAUCACAUCAGUUGAUUGUGUAAAUAAUGAUUAUGCCAGCUUGAAAAGAGGCAGGGUCAAAAAGUUGAAUGUGCUGGUGGUUUAGAUUACCAAUAACUAUGGCAACCCAGUUGUCCAUGUCAGUUGAAUAUAUCUGAAUAUCUGGCACCACAGUGCCGUCACUAUAUCACUACAUGAUCUUAACCUGUGUAGACACAAUUCCUUGGACUAAAUUAAACAAAUCCAUUCAUGCCUCCUGUAAGUUGAUAGAAUGAUGUGGGUGGUUACUAUUUUGUUCUAAUGGAAUUUCUCUUUCCUGGAAUCCUUCUGUCCUCCUGUUCUAGCUGCAGAAAGUAUAACCAUAAGAGUGUAACACAUUUGGGACUCCUGCUAAUACCAUGAAUUCAACGCUAUCAAUCAAAGUCAAGUUUAUUGUCAUAUGCACAAGUACAUGUAUACACAGUUGCAAUGAAAAACUUACUAUCAUUCCUAAAGUCAGUCUGAGCACCUUUUUCUGCAGUGCUUUGUUGCUUGACUUCUUGUACACUGUUCCAUUUCUAAAGCCAAAGGCUCUAUAGAUAUCUGAUAUUUUGUUUUAUUUCAAAUGCACACACAAAACUGAUAAACAAUCUUCCCAUAAACGUGUGUAUUUAUCAAUCACAGAAUAAGCUGUCAGUUUACUUACAAUGUGGAACAAGGUCAAGCGGUACAUAGUACUUGAACAAUCCAUUGUCAUGAAUCUAUUCAUUUCACUGAAUAUAACACACAAUGCCUUUAGCACCUAGCAGUUAAAAUCAUGUUUUACUUCUUCCUGGGAAAAGAUGUUCACAAAAGUCUGAAACAAUAAAUAGAUUUCCAUAGGGAAACCCAUUGUUAGAACUGUAGGAUCAAAUCAAAAUGUAUUAAUGGCAGUACCUGGUGCAAUAAAUGUUUUUUAUCAUUUUAUAGGUCAGAGAAUUUUGUUUUUACAAAAUCAAUAGAGAAAUGUGUGCAAAAUAUUCUUACAGAUGUGGACUCCACCUUAGUCUUUCUCCACAUUGUCUCACCCAAGCAUGGAUAACAUAAGUUUUGUACAGUAUUGUAUUACAUUAUCAAACAGUACAUUAUUCUGACUAAGAUCUGUAACCUGAUCUACCCUGAUUAUAGUGAUUUACUAUAAAAUGCAACAUGCGUUUAUUAAAUAUGAGCUAAUUGCUAUUGGUGGGAGAAGGUUAUGAAUUGGCAGUAUCUAUUGAAUUUUGGAAGAAAUCAGAUUGUUUAAAAGGUUUAAAUAAAUAUUUUUAUCUUAAAAUAAUAAAUCCACACAUCAACAAAUUCCAUUGGUUCAGGUGUGAUUUGCUGCUGUUUUUAGAAGUGAGCCUAUCAGGAAAAUGUGGCAAAGACUUUCCACGAGUAAGCCAUGAUUGAUGUGCUAGGUUUUUUAUUCAGAUGGAUUAGAUUUAUGAUGGCCUGGUGGCUUCAGUUUAAUAGGAAAUUGUGGGAUUCAAGAUCUAGCUUUGUUGUCAUGAAUUCAGAUGCCUCUGAACUGUCAGACUUAAACUAUACUAAUUCAUAGGGCAAGAUUGUUAGAACUAUAUACUAUAUAUUCCUAAUAAGCUUCAAGACAUCCAUAUGGAAAAGAAGGAAUUUUAAAAAAUCGUAAUGAAUUUUUAUCUCAGUGUAUCCAUAUUUCUUAAAAUGAUGGAAUGCAAGGGUAAUUUCUUCUUCCAUACAUCCUCAACCCCCUUCUCUCAUGCUAUUACAUGAGAAACAACUGAGGCCAAGACAAAUACUCAUAUCAAAUGUAAGAUAAAAAAUAAUCAAGUGCUUCUUCAUAAUAUUAAGUCACAGCAAGACUAAGGUACUUCAAUAAAUUCAACAGCUUUUAAUAGAGCCUGUGCUAUUUUGGAUAUUUUUAUGGUUAUUUUGAAUUAUAGUGGCACUUCCAGAGGGUUAGCUAAUGCUUUCUAAAUAAAAUAAAAAUUUGCAGUAUUUUAUUGUAUGAAUUUUAAGAAAUGUAAAUGUUUGAUAAGAACUAUUUUAAUGUACAAGUCUUUUUCUUAAAAUGAUUGUUGUCAUUGUGCUAAGAUAGACCAACUUUAUUUUUAAACAUGUACAAGUAUAAAUGUCAGACAGAUGUACAACACAAAUACUGUAAAAGACAAACCCAUUUAAAAAUCCUUUACUCAGUGCAACUUUGAUUAGAAUCAUGCAUUAUUUGUAUCGUUUUAUGUUGUAUGACAUUUACUUACUUCUAUAAUGACUAAACAUGACAUAGAUUGUUUUGUCCCUUU